UUAAAAUGUAUUUAAUUUAAAAUACAUGUGGUAAUCAAACGUAGCCAAAUCACAGACAAUAAAAUACAAUACAAGUUCAGCAUGGAACUUCAUGAAUAUCAACAUGCAAAAAAAUCUCAACAACUUAAAUUAAGAAAACGUUUUGUGGAGAAAAUCGUGAUAUGAAAUAUGUUUUGCUUACUUAUCGGCUUGUAAACACAUAAGCACAACAUUAAAGUAAUGCUUUUUGCUUCAGCACAUUCAAAUAAUAAAUUAAAGGAAUAUAUUUGCUUCCCAGCCCGAUGAGCACUGCGUAAUUACGCACCAUCAAUGUGUAUGUUUUACGAAAAAUCUGUUCCAUCUACGAUAUGUGAAAUAUGAAAUGUAAUUGUGUAUUAGUACCAAUACCAAUAUUGAAAUUGUAUAGUUUGCCAAUUUGAUAUUUGGUUGAUGAUCAUUCGGUGCGUCCUAAGUUCUUUACGCACAGGUUUCUCCAGCUUGUUGACGUCGAUUUGUUCUAUUUGGUAUAUGUAACAUAACACAGAUACGCACCGCAGUUGUUAGGCGUGGAUUAGAGUAGAAGACAGAUGGUUAUCUUACUCAAUUUGAUGGUUUUGUGUUGUUUCCAUCGAAUACGUCCAAAUCGUUUGGCUUGGGGGCGUAUCCGUGACGCAAGUUAACAGACGCCACGGACCUGCAUAUAUACCACAGCUCUUGGCCGUUAGCGACACAUCUUCACCAACUUCUGUUGUGAACACUGCUCUGGCACAAAGACGACGCUGAAAAUGUCUCCAAACAUGACUUGUGAAGCUCUCCAGUCUUUUUCUCCGAGGCUAACUGUGGCCAAAAGAAAAGAAGCACUUGAGCUCAGAAAGACAAUGAAACCUUUAAUGGAAAAAAGAAGGCGCGCCCGUAUCAACGACAGUCUGAACCAUUUGAAAAACCUCAUUCUUCCCCUCACAGGCAGAGAUAAGACUCGCUACUCUAAGCUGGAGAAAGCCGAUAUCCUGGAAAUGACUGUGAGGUUCCUGGGAGACCUUCCCCCUAUUAACACGAAAAACUCCGCAGACAGUUACAAAGAGGGCUACAAAGCCUGCCUGCAGCGCGUCUCCACUCUGCUUCCCAAAACGAGUCUGGAUCAAGACGCUUGUCAGCGGGUGAACGAGUUCGUCCAGCAGUCCAUGUCCGCCACCGUCACCCCGACCUGCCUGAGCUGCUGUGCGCAGAGCUCCAGGACUCUCCCUCAGAUCCAACAGAGGCUCCUGAGCCUCAAAUCCAGCUUCAGCUCCAGGAUGGAGAGCCAGUCCGGCGGCGGCAGCAGCAGCGGCAGCGGCGCAGCGGCUCCGAGCCGCGCGCAGUCAGGAGCGCAGGCUGCCAGCGCAGCCAUGUGGAGACCGUGGUAGAUUUCUUAAACCCAAGCAGCCGGGUCUCCAAAAACCCUGUAAAACGACUCUAAAGAGCUCCGCAUGAGUUCAUCAUGUUGAUAUAGCAUCACUUGUAAAUAUGCACAGUGAUUCGCAGCCUCGCUACCAUUGAUGAAAAGAAUUCAUCGUUGAUUGGUAUUGGUUGAGUAUUAUAUACUUACGUUUUGCGCACGGGUCUAUUGUCCAGUAUAUGUUGACAAGUUUAGACAGUCGUAUUUUCUUAAAUCUGCAUGUAUGUAUACGGUAAAUAUUUAGUCCUCUUCGCGGACUAAGUGAUUAAGGGCCAUUAAAACAGCCCUGUAAGACCCAAAGGGUCAGUCUGUAUGAAUUUGCACCAAAGACUUGAGUUCUGAGUCUGUGCAGAUGAACUGUGUAGACACAUUAUGUGUCUUUGAAAGUAUCUCUGUCGAGAUGUGUUUUAUUUUGCUAUUUACAGCAAAUGUUGUAUAUAUGUUAUAUAAAUACAAAUAAAACUACGAUGUCGUGGUAAGAUACUGUGUUGUGUUUUGAUUACAACGUGCCAGUAUUUGCCAUAACAAAAGUCCUUUGUUCACGUGCGUUAGUUCAUCUUUAACGCAGUCAUAAGAGGUAGGGAUGCAUUGCUAAAUGGAAUCACCACGUUCUGAAUUUGGCGCACUUUGCACACAAAGAUAAAGUUAAUUUAGCAA